AUGAUGUUACCAAGCCCGGUCACCUCCACCCCUUUCUCAGUCAAAGACAUUUUGAAUCUGGAACAGCAGCAGCACUUCCACGGAGCUCACUUGCAAGCGGAAUUGGAGCAGCACUUCCACUCGGCGCCCUGCAUGUUGGCCGCGGCUGAAGGGGCACAGUUUUCUGACGCCGGGGAAGAGGACGAGGAAGAAGAGGGAGAGAAACUGUCGUAUUUGAACUCACUAGCUGCUGCUGAGGGCCACGGAGAUUCAGGCCUCUGUCCUCAGAGCUAUGUCCACACAGUCCUUCCAGACUCCUGCAGCGGACCCAAGGAACAAGAAGAGGAGGUUGUGAGAGAACGGAGCCAAAAAAGCUGCCAGCUGAAGAAGUCUCUAGAAGCGGCGGGAGAUUGUAAGGGAAGCGAGGACAGCGAAAGGCCGAAGCCCCGCAGUCGCCGGAAACCGCGGGUGCUCUUUUCGCAAGCUCAGGUCUUCGAGCUGGAGCGCAGGUUUAAGCAGCAGCGGUACCUGUCAGCGCCGGAGCGCGAGCACCUCGCCAGCAGCCUGAAGCUCACGUCCACGCAGGUGAAAAUCUGGUUCCAGAAUCGCAGGUACAAGUGCAAGAGACAGCGGCAGGACAAGUCCCUGGAGCUGGGGACACACGCGCCGCCGCCGCCACCUCGCCGCGUGGCAGUGCCGGUGCUAGUGCGGGACGGCAAGCCGUGCGUCACGCCCAGCGCUCAGGCCUAUGGUGCGCCCUACAGCGUGGGCGCGGGCGCCUACUCCUAUAACAGCUUCCCCGCCUACGGCUACGGGAACUCGGCCGCCGCCGCAGCAGCUGCCGCUGCCGCAGCCGCCGCAGCCGCGGCCUACAGUGGCAGCUACGGCUGUGCCUACCCCACCAGCGGCGGCAGCAGCGCGGCCACGGCAGCGACCACCGCCAUGCAGCCCGCCUGCAGCGCCACGGGCGGCGGAUCCUUUGUGAACAUGAGCAACCUGGGAGGCUUUGGCAGCGGCGGCAGCGCGCAACCUUUGCACCAAGGCGCAGCAACCGGAGCCGCGUGCGCACAGGGGACCUUGCAAGGCAUCAGGGCUUGGUAA